GUACUGCGAACUGGUGUUCCCUGGGACUGCAAAUUUGUGCAGAGCACUUCAAGUCCAUGACAAAAGGGCCCAGGUGCAAUAUGAACAGGCUAGGCGGUAGGCUGUUAGCGGAGGAAGGAGAGAAGAGGGAGGUGGGCCGGCUCGAGGGAAUUGCGCUGGUGCUUGGAAAGGUUGUGCAACCCGCACUGUCACAGGAUUGCCCCUCUGACGUCGAGGGCACGGACGAACCGGAGGGCAAGGAGGAAUGUAGCAGCCCCCAACCUCCUCAAAACAAGGUCAACACAGGUCUUUCCACCACCACUAACGUGCGGCAUACUACGCUGGAAGAGGGCGGGGCGAUAAUCUCUAAGAACGAGGAAGCACAACGGUCUAUAGACGACUGGUUGGUUGAUGAAGGAGUCCCCUUCAACAUGGUGCACAGCAAGUAUUUCUUGCGCAUGAUAGAGAAGGUCCGCGACGUGGAGCGGUCCUUCAUCCCCGCCAAAUACGACACGCAGCGAACGAAGAGGUUGGACAUGUCCCGGGCGCGGGUCGAGGAGGGGGUUUUGCGGCAGCAGAGAAGUUGGGCUCGAACCGGAUGCAUGCUCCAGCUUGACGGUUGGACUGACAUAAGAGGCAGACCGCACUUGAAUGUCAUGGUCUCCUUUCCGACCGGUGUGCUUUUUUGGAAGUCGCAUUGCAUGUCAGGCAAGGAGAAGGGAGCAGCAGCGUACUUCGACAUCUUAUCUCAGUUGAUUAACGAAGUUGGUGAGAAGAGUGUUGUUGGAGUGAUAAUGGACAACGCUGUUGUGUGCGCGAGAGCCGGCAGAUUGGUGGAGGAUACAUUCCCGCUAACCUUCCAUGUGCCAUGCGUUGCGCACUGCCUCGACUUGAUGUUGCACGACAUUGGGAAGAUAGAGUGGGUCGCUGAAAUGGUGACGAAGGCGAACGACAUGGUGAAGUUCGUCAUGAACUACCAACGAGUCAGGGAUGUUUACUACAUCCAUGCAAGUGGAAGGCAAUUACUGCGACCCGCGGCAACGCGUUUUUGGGAUCUUGUGAACAAGGCAAUCAAUGUCGUUUACGACAUUGUAUUGCUGCUGAAACUGGUGGAUGGCAACGGUCCGACCAUCAGCAAGGUUUAUGCGAAGAUGGACAGGAUAGUGGAGCGCUUGCGAGUUAGCAAGGACCUGACAGUGCAUCAGCGGGACGAGAUCGAGGUGAUGGUCAUGCGUAGAUGGAAUGCCAUGACCACCCCCCUCCAUUGUGCAACCCUGUUCCAGGAUCCAGAGUACAGGUCGUCUGAGCCGCACAUGGAUGCAGAGAUCCAAGAUGGAUUCUACACCUGGGUGUACACAUGGCUCAAAGGGGCGUCACAGGAGGUGUGCGACCAGGUGGAGUACGAAGUCGAUUGUUGGGUUCAGAACAUUGGCGAGUUCAGCUCGCAGGUGGCUAUGGAUGCAGCCCGUAAGCAGAACCCUGCAGCAUGGUGGAAGCGCUGGUGCAAUGAGCUACAACACUUGCAGCCCCAUGCCAUUCGACUGUUGGGGCAAGGGUCGUCUGCUUCAGGCUGCGAAAGGAAUUGGAGCCUUUUCGCAGCAAUUCACACCAAAGAGCGCAAUGGCCUGGCCCCAGAGACAAUGCACAAAUUGGUGUACAGCAAGUGGAACAUGCGGCUGCUUGACAUGCUGCAGCAAAUGCCGGAGAGGGCCAAAGACCUUAUUGAAUGCGAUGACCCACCGAUAGAGGAGGAGCAAAAGGAGGCCAAAGAAAGAGUGAAGGUGGCUGAGCGGUGAUUGAAGAGCCUUACCUCAGCUGGUGACAAUGUUGUUCCACCUGUUGAUAGCGGGGAUGAUGAAGAUGGGGAUGAAGUUGUUGUUCCUUGCCAUGAAGAAUGCAACCUGGAGGAGAUUGAGGAGGGUCAACACGGGGACUGGCGUGGAUUGACGAAGGCAGCCAACUUCCUAAAUAAACGUUCCCAAACAGA